AUGAAAAUUAAGAAAAAUUUAUUUCAAAUCUCCCAUCUUUUAUAUUUCCUUACAGGUUUAUACCGUGGCAACAUAGUUGCCAUGAAAAGAGUAUAUAAGAAAACUGUAGAUAUAACACGUUCCAUUCGUAAGGAAUUAAAACAAAUGCGAGAGCUUCGUCAUGAGAAUAUCAUCAAUUUUAUUGGUGUCUCAAUUGAUCAUGGAAAUGUCAUCAUAUUCACUACGUAUUGUGCCCGGGGUAGUCUCGAGGAUGUUCUGGCCAAUGACGAUUUACAUUUGGAUCACAUGUUCAUUUCGUCGUUGGUCAGUGAUAUACUUAAGGGUAUGAUUGCCCUACAUGAUUCGGAAAUUGUAUCACAUGGUAAUUUGAGAUCGAGUAAUUGCCUAAUCGAUUCCCGUUGGGUUUGUCAGAUCUCAGAUUUUGGUCUGCACGAAUUUAAAUAUGGACAAGAGGAACCGCACAAAAGAGAUUUGGAAUUAAAACGUGCCUUGUGGAAAGCUCCUGAACUGUUAAGAGAUCCAUCGCCACCAGCUCGUGGCACCCAAAAAGGCGAUGUCUACGCAUUUGGUAUUGUUUUAUAUGAGAUUAUUGGUCGCAAGGGCCCUUGGGGCACAACAUCCUACUCAAAUGAGGAAAUUGUCGCAUAUGUCAAACAGCCCGAACUUUUACAUCAUGGAAUAUUCCGUCCAUCACUGUCACAACUCGAUAUACCUGAAUAUGUGCGACAAUGUUUACGUUCAUGUUGGGAGGAGGAUCCCGAAAUGCGACCCGAUAUUCGUUUAGUGCGCAUGAAAUUAAAGGAACUGCAGGCGGGGCUAAAGCCAAAUAUUUUCGAUAAUAUGCUGUCAAUUAUGGAAAAAUAUGCAUACAAUUUGGAAGGAUUGGUACAGGAGCGCACCACCCAACUCUAUGAGGAGAAGAAAAAAACCGAUAUGCUGCUAAAUCAAAUGUUGCCAAGAUCUGUUGCCGAAUCCUUGAAACGUGGCGAACCCGUCGAGGCGGAAUGUUUUGAUUGUGUGACAAUACUAUUCAGUGACAUUGUCGGCUUCACUGAGCUCUGUAGUACCAGUACACCGUUCGAGGUGGUGGAAAUGUUGAAUGAUUUAUACACGUGUUGCGAUUCUAUUAUAUCCAACUAUGAUGUUUACAAGGUGGAAACAAUUGGUGAUGCUUAUAUGGUCGUAUCCGGCCUUCCGCUGAGAAAUGGCAAACGUCAUGUGGGCGAAAUUGCGUCGUUAGCUUUGCACCUUUUGCAAAGUGUGGCAAAUUUGAAAAUUCCACAUAAACCCAAUGACACAUUACAACUGCGAAUUGGAGUGCAUUCAGGACCAUGUGCAGCUGGUGUUGUCGGUUUAAAGAUGCCACGUUAUUGCCUUUUUGGUGAUACAGUCAAUACAGCAUCACGUAUGGAAAGUUCCGGCGAGGCAAUGAAAAUUCACAUAUCCGAGGAAACGUAUCGUUUAUUGGAGAAUGUCGGUGGCUAUCAUUGUAUUGAGCGAGGACUUAUUAAUAUCAAGGGUAAGGGAGAUAUGCGCACCUAUUGGCUGCUCAACAAAUUGGAAGAUCAUCAUUCGCAAGUUCCUGCCUUAACGUGCAACGAUGCCACACCGGAUCUCAUCAGUAAUGUUGAUCCCGAUAGUAGUACAACAAAUAGUACAAAUACCCUACAUCCGAUGUUGUUGAAUUCCCACUAUAUGAAACAUCUGCCCUAUGGGUUGUCGUCCAUGAACCAACAACAACAGCAACAACUACCGCAACAACGACUGCGUUAUGUAAAAAAUUCCUAUUGUAAUUGUGCCACCAAAUGCAUCUAUAAUCGUCGUUCCGACGACAAUGUCAAUAUCAAUGCUGCUGAAUUACCGACCAUUGCCCGCAAAAAUCACGAGAAUGUCUGCAACAAUACACACUUGUGUGUGUGUCGCCUUAAUAGCAGUAUUCUGCAUACGACCAAUAACCAACGGGGGCCACGUUCCGCACCCGUUAUAACAUUUCGUUUGUGAAGUAAAUC